ACGAUGCUCGGCCUCUAAUGAGCUCCACAGAGAGCUGCUGCUCAUAAAGGAGCUCUGAGCUUAUUGGACCUUCAGCUUCUGAUUGUUCAUGUUUGGCUGCUGUUCACCUCAUUCUGUCAUGUUUUAGACAUGAAGUUUAACUGUCUGAGGACUGAAGCGUGUUUAGAUGGUUUAAUGGUUUAGUUUAUCAUGCUGUGAUCUAGUGUCUCCUGUUGGUUGAUGAUGGUGAUGAGAUGUUAGUGAUCAGAGGAGUGUUUGGUCUCCAGCUGUCAGGUGAACUGGUUCUGGUCUCUUGCUCUGUCCUCCUCUGCUCUGAUCCCUCCACCUGCUUCCUCUGUCUCCUUCCUGAACCUCCAAUGACCGAGGCGGCCCUGAACGCGUCGCUUGAUGUCGCUCAGACGUCGCUGACGCUGGAGGGGCUUCGCCAGCUUUCCGCACACCGCCUGAUCUUGUUCCCCUUCCUCCUGCUGGCCUUCGUGUUCGCGCUGUGCAGCGACAGCCUCGUGCUGCUGGUGAUCUGCGCGCGCCGCGGCCUCCAUCGGCCCAUGUUUGUGUUCGUUGCCGCGCUGCUUCUGAACUCUGCGCUGGGCAGCAGCACGAUCUACCCGCGGCUGCUGUGGGAGCUGCUGUGGGAGGACGGCUCAGUGCGUGUCACCCUGUCUGCGUGCGUGGGUCAGGCGUGGGUGAUCUACUCUCUGGGCGCCGCGUCCUUCCUGCUGCUCGCCGCCAUGGCGUUUGACCGCUACGUGGCCAUCUGCCUCCCUCUGCGCUACGCCGCGCUGCUGUCGCCGCGCGCGGUGGCCGCGGCGCUGCUGUGCUGCUGGCUGAUUCCCGCUGUGCUGGUCGGCGGCGCCGUGCUGAUCGCCGCGCGCGCGCCGCACUGCCGCGCUCAGAUCAACAGACUCUAUUGUGACGUUUACAGCCUGAUCAGGCUCGGCUGCGGCGGAAACGCGGCCAAACUCGGCGAAUUCUUCGCCUUGUUCACCUUCACGGCCACCGUCCUUCUUCCGGCUGCCUUUGUGAUUUUCUCCUACAGCUGCAUCUUCUUCGUCUGCCUCUGCCGCGCGCGCGCCUCCAGCGGCAAAGCGCUGCGCACCUGUCUGCCGCACCUGCUUGUCUUCCUGAACUACAGCGCGUGCAGCGUGGCGGAGGUGCUCUGGCGCCGCCUGCAGGCCGCUCACCAGCCUGCAUCCUCUGUGCUCAUCUCACUGCUGGUGGUUCUGGUUCCGAGCGUGUUAAACCCAGUUGUUUACGGGCUGAACAUGGACGCCAUCACCGCACCGCUCAGGCGGCUGCUGGGCCGCGUGGCUCACAGAGAGGCUCCUGGAAAAGUCUGAAAUCUGAUCAUUAAUUGUUUCUGAUUUAAACACUGAAUGAAAACUGACUGUAAGAAUUUAUCAAAUAUUUAUAAUAUUUGAUAAAUUCUUCUCCAGCUCUGCUGCUUAAACAGAAUCCAUGCUGUCAUUUAAAAUGAUUUCUGUCCUGUUUGGCUCUUAUGUUUGUUCAUGGCAUCCAGAUCUUAUGGAAAAUGUCCCUCAUAGAUGUUCAGAACAAGCAAUGAAUGUUUGAGAGAAAAAAUAUCAGAACAAUUUCAGAUGAUGAAUCAAAAACUUUUGAAUAAAACAAUGUUUAAUUUUGAGAAACAUCCCCUGAAAACAAGAGAUAAGGGUUUAAAUGUCAUAAAGCAGGACUAUGAGGUGACCUUUGUGGGCCCCCCGCUGCCAGGGGCCCCUCCAAACCUCAGCACCCUGAUCUGCAGCCACACCUGAGAGGAACCUAAAACUAAAUGCAAAGCAUGGAAUAUAAAUGAAAACAGUUGAUUGCAAAGUUAAAACCAAAGUUCUUUACUGUUUGUGACAUUUUUAUAACAGUUGUUUUUAAAGAGAUGCUGUUUAAAUGCUGAUAAAGUGAUAAUUCACCCAUUAACAUGCAACCAAAGGGAAGCAAUGAGGAAUAAAAAUAUUUAUUAUGAUCAAGACAUUUUGAGAGAGAUAUCAUGUGAGAAUAUUUUAAUAGGAUAAAGGCUGUUUUAUUCUUUGUUUAAUUAGUUUGUUAACAUGUAGGUUUGGAUUCCUCUCUUUGCUGACGAUGAAGCAACAUUAAAGAAAAGAUCAAUGUUUAGACUUUCAUUUAAAGAGGGAAACAAAAACAGGUUUUAAAUGUUGACAAGAUGUAAAAUAAAUCAUGUUUUCAGUCCAGAUGUACUUUUUGGCAUAUCUACAAUUAUAAAUGCUAAAUAAUAG